AUGGCGGCGAAAGUAAUGAUAGCAAUGGCGGUUAUGGUAGUUGCUGCUCUGACGGCGAAUACGGUGAACGCGAAAAUCCCCGGAGUUUACACCGGCGGUCCCUGGAUCAACGCUCACGCCACCUUCUACGGCGAAGCUGACGCUUCCGGCACUAUGGGUGGUGCGUGUGGCUACGGAAAUCUGUAUAGCCAAGGCUAUGGUGUGAACACGGCGGCUUUAAGCACGGCCUUGUUCAACAAUGGUUUGAGCUGUGGCGCUUGCUUUGAGCUCAAAUGUGUCAAUGAUCCCGGUUGGUGUCUUCCCGGAAACCCAUCAAUCCUUAUCACCGCCACUAACUUCUGCCCUCCAAACUUCGCUCAAGCUAGCGACAAUGGCGGUUGGUGUAAUCCUCCUCGUGAACACUUUGAUCUCGCCAUGCCUAUGUUUCUUACCAUCGCUAAGUAUAAGGCCGGUAUCGUUCCCGUCUCUUACCGCAGGAUCCCAUGUAGGAAGAAGGGAGGUAUGAGAUUCACGAUCAAUGGAUCCAAGUACUUCAACUUGGUGCUGGUCACUAACGUAGCCGGAGCAGGAAACAUCCAGAUGGUGAGUGUGAAAGGAAGCAACACACAGUGGUUAGGUCUUAGCCGGAAUUGGGGACAAAACUGGCAAUCCAACGCUAUUCUUGUCGGCCAAUCUCUUUCUUUCAGAGUCAAAACCUCCGAUGGCCGUAGCUCCACCUCCAAGAACAUUGUUCCGAGUAACUGGCAAUUUGGUCAGACUUUCUCCGGCAAGAAUUUCCGAGUCUGA